AUGGGCCAAGGAAGAGGACGAGGCAGAGGAGGAAGAUUCAUCAACAAAUCCACGAUUGAGUGCUUCAAAUGUCAUAAACUUGGACAUUUUCAAUAUGAAUGUCCAAGCUGGGAUGGAAAAGCCAAUUACGCAGAAGUAGAUGGUGAAGAAGAUGAGAUGCUGCUGAUGGCUUUUACCGACGAUGAUCAUGAGAAGUUGUUGAUGGUUCUCACAGGAAAUGAGAAAGGCGAGGAAGUAUGGUUCUUAGAUUCUGGCUGCAGCAAUCACAUGUGUGGAAACAAGUCAUGGUUUUCCACACUCGAUGAAGAAUUCCGUCACUCAGUGAAGUUAGGGAACAACUAUCAACUGAAGGUGAUGGGAAAAGGGAACGUGAGCGUGCAGAUAGACGGAAGAGCACACACGAUCACUGAUGUGUAUUAUGUAUCAGAUUUGAGAACCAAUCUAUUCAGUAUCGGGCAGCUUGUCGAGAAAGGAUGUGAAGUGUUGAUGAAACAAAGGGCUUGCAAGCUGUAUCACCCCAACCUGGGUCUGAUCAUGGAGUCGAAGAUGACAACAAACAGGCUGUUCAAGAUCGUGGCAACCAAAAACCCAAAGAAUGCUGCGUCGAAGUGCUUGCAGGUUGCCACAACAGAUGAGUUUCAGCUCUGGCAUCGUAGGUAUGGACAUCUCAACUACAACGGGUUGAGAACUCUGAAAUAUCAGAAUAUGGUGAAAGGGAUACCACAUCUAAAGACAACGGAGGUAGCUGGGAAGUGUGUGAGCUGUUUGGUAGGAAAACAACAUCGGGAGAGCAUUCCAAAGAAGAGUAUGUGGCGCUCAUCUCGACGGUUGCAGUUAAUUCACUCAGAUCUUUGCGGUCCAAUCUCUCCAGCCUCAAUUAGCGAUAAGAAGUACAUUCUUACUUUUAUCGAUGACUACAGCAGAAAGGUCUGGAUUUAUUUCUUAUCAAACAAAUCUGAGACAUUUGUGUUGUUUACAAGAUUCAAGAGCCUGGUGGAGCGAGAAACCGGAGAGACAUUGGUUUGUCUCAGAACGGACAGAGGGGGAGAAUACAUGUCCAAUGAGUUCAAGAGUUUCUGCGACGAGAUGGGGAUAAGCAGACAACUCACCACAGCAUUCACGCCACAGCAGAACGGAGUGGCGGAACGAAAGAAUCGCACUAUCAUGAACAUGGUGAGGUGCAUUCUUAACGACAAAGAGGUCCCAAGACGGUUCUGGCCUGAAGCAGCAAAAUGGGCGGUUCACGUACUUAAUCGAAGUUCAACCUCUGUUUUGAAAGAAAAGACACCUGAAGAGAUGUGGAGUGGUGUUAAACCGACGGUGGAUUACUUCAGGGUAUUUGGUUGUCUGGCCCACGUUCAUGUUCCAGAUCAAAGAAGAAAGAAGUUGGACGACAAAAGCACCACAUGUGUGCUUAUUGGAGUAAGAAGCGAAUCAAAGGGCUAUAGAUUAUACAAUCCAGUUUCACAGAAAGUUGUGACAAGUCGAGACGUCGUGUUCAAAGAAGAGAAAGGAUGGGAUUGGGAAAAGAAAUCUGGAGAAACAAACGAAGAGCAGCUAAUUUGGGAAGAUUGUGAUGCAGAGAUGGAGCAGAGUGAGGAUGCUUCCUUGUCACAAGAUACAGAGGAGGCGAAUCCUGAAAAUGGAGAUCCUCCCUCGCCAGAUUUGCCAUCGCCACAAGCUGUUACACCAGAUCCUCAGUCUUUCCAAGUGCAGCGAAUUCGAAGACAACCUGCGUAUCUACAAAGCUACACCACUGGUGAAGAGCUAUCUGAAGAAGAAGAAGAAGAUAUGAGUUACUACCUCAUGUUUGCUUCAAUGGAAGAUCCGCUUACGGUGUUACCAAACGGAGCAAAGAAGAUCGGAGUAAAGUGGGUCUAUAAAACAAAACUCAACGAGAAAGGAGAGGUAGACAAGUACAAGGCCAGACUUGUUGCAAAGGGGUAUGCACAACAACAAGGCAUAGACUACAAUGAGGUGUUUGCUCCUGUGGCAAGGUGGGACACAAUACGUAUGCUCAUAGCUCUGGCGGCUCAAGAAGGCUGGUGCAUUUAUCAAUUAGAUGUAAAAAGUGCAUUUUUACAUGGCGAGUUAUCGGAGGAUGUCUAUGAGGAGCAGCCACAAGGUUACAUUAAAAGGGGAGAGGAGAACAAAGUCUACAAGCUCAAAAAGGCUCUGUACGGACUGAAGCAGGCACCCCGUGCUUGGUAUAGCAGGAUUGAAGCAUAUUUCACCAAGGAAGGAUUUCAAAGGUGCGAAUAUGAGCACACGCUGUUCGUGAAGACCAGAGAAGGUAACAAGAUUCUCAUUGUUAGUCUUUACGUGGAUGAUUUGAUUUUUACGGGAAAUGAUAUGAGUAUGCUUGAGAAUUUCAAAUCAUCCAUGAAAGAAGAGUUUGAUAUGACUGAUUUGGGGAAGAUGAAGUAUUUUUUGGGAGUGGAAGUGAUACAAGAUGCAGAUGGGAUUUUCAUUCAUCAGAAGAAGUAUGCCGGUGAACUCUUGGAAAUGUUCAAUUUGCAGAACGCAAAUGAGGUGAAAAAUCCAAUUGUGCCAGGGACAAGAUUCUCACGUGAAGGAGAUGGAGGCAAGGUGGAUCCAACGUUGUACAAAAAAUUGAUUGGAAGUCUAAUGUACAUCACGUCAACAAGGCCAGAUUUGAUGUAUGUGGUGUGUUUAUUGAGCAGAUACAUGGCGAAUCCUUCUGAUCAACAUAUGCAGGCGGCAAAGAGAGUACUACGCUAUCUGAAAGGUACUUUGGGAUUUGGUGUGUUUUACAAGAGAGGAGCUGUUGAAGAGCUUACUGUCUACACAGACAGUGACUAUGCUGGAGACAUUGAUGAUAGAAGGAGCACGAGUGGAUAUGCUUUCUUACUGAGUGGAGGAGCUGUGGCAUGGGCGUCGAAGAAGCAACCAGUGGUAACUCUGUCCACAACAGAAGCUGAGUUUGUUGCAGCAGCUUACUGUGCUUGUCAAUGCGUUUGGAUGAGGAGGAUUUUGGAGGAGUUUGGACUGGAACAGUCAGGAAGUACAACAAUCAUGUGUGACAACAGUUCAGCUAUUAAGCUGUCCAAAAACCCAGUCCUUCAUGGCCGGAGCAAGCAUAUCGAUGUAAGGUUUCAUUUCUUAAGGGAUCUUACUAAAGAUGGAGUUGUGAAACUUGUUCACUGUGGAACAAAUGAGCAGAUUGCAGACAUCUUGACUAAGCCGUUAAAGUUGGAGGUCUUUGUGCGACUAAGGGAGAAGCUUGGAGUUUGUGAAAGAUUAAACUGA